AUGGUCAAGCCACUACAAUUCAAGGGCGACAAAAAGCCUCUCAAAAAACGAAAACGUACCGAGCCGGACGAAGAUACCAACGCUACAUCCUCCCUAUCCGCCUCCACAGCCGAGAAGUUCGGUUCAUCAGCAGCUGGAAGUUCGACAGCAUUAACGACCACAACAAACGAAAAGGAGAAGAAAGUUAAAGUUAUAAACGAAAACUUAGAUGCAGAUGAUGGAUGGGUUAAUUCAGAUAUAUUAGAGGAUAUCAAGGGCCCGGUGAUAUUUGCUUUUGCGUCCACACCACCUACAUGUCUUGCAUGCGAUGCGACAGGGAAGGUAUUUGCUUCGGUACUACGAGAUGUCGAUGGAGAGGAUUUAUCGACAGCAGAGCCGCAUGAUGUCCGUCAAGUUUGGACUGUUACCCGAAUACCCACCUCCACACGAUUCGCUUUCAAAGGUCACCAUGGGAAAUACCUCGCCUGCGAUAAAUUUGGUAUCUUAUCCGCUACAAAGGACGCAAUAAGUCCCGAAGAAGAGUUUACACCUGUGAAGACGGAAACAGGAUGGGGUAUUCAGACUUGUCGGGAUAAGUUUUUGAGAGGGGAAGAGAAGAAUGUUAGUAGUGGUGGGAGAGGGAGUGGAGCCCCCACCGGUGGUAUAGUAGUGGAUGUUAGAGGAGAUGCAGAGACUAUUGGAUUCGCGGAAACGUGGGUGGUCAGAGGACAGAGGAGGUUUAAGACGAAGGUGAAAAAGGAGGGCGACAAGGAAGAUCGGAUUAGUCGGAAGGAGUUGGAGCAACUGGCAGGACAGCAUCUCGACGAUGAUCAGGUGAAGCAACUAAAGAAGGCGAGGCGAGAGGGAAAUCUACAAUCUGCGUUGCUAGAUAUACGGCAAAAGAAGAAGCGUGAUAAGUUUGCAUGGUAA